CCUUCUCAUUUUCCUCUCAUCAAAGUCAAUUUGAAAAAAAGAUACAUUAUGUCUGCCCUUCGCUCUGCACGAGGUCUACUUACCACGACGAGCCGUGCGUUGGCUCAGCGGUCCUCAUCUUCGUCUGUCUUAGCACGCUCGGCGUUUUCUUCCGUUGCUCGUGCUCGUCCUGUAGACGCGAAUGUCUGGGCUGCGUCUGGUGCUCGUCAGUUUUCUGUAUCGAGGAAUGUGCGUGGCGAGGGCACAACGGACAUGGCACUGGUCCAAAAGCUCUCCGAAGAGCUGCAAUACGAACGCGAGGCCGCGACCGCACAAUCCGGUACUCCGGACUUCAUCACAGAAUUCAAGUCCCAGGGUGUAUGGACAAUCAAUGACACUCCGAGUGCAGAUGAGGUGACUUUUGAGAGGACCUUCGGGAACGAACACAUUCGUAUCAUGUUCAGUAUCGCCGACCUCGACGCAAAUCCCGAACACGAAUUUGAUCCGGAUGCGUUAGAGGAAGGCGAAGAACCGCCUGAACCACAGCCACAUACUGUUACCAGCACACCUAUCCGCGUUGCGAUCAGCAUCACGAAGCGCGAUGCGCCCGGCGCUUUGAGUGUUGACUCCUUAUGUCAGGACGGAGCAUUCUUGAUUGAGAAUGCUAGCUUCUACCAGGAUAAGGAGAUUGGUACGGCACUGACCGCGGAGGCAGAUUGGAAGCGCCGUGGACUGUACCUUGGACCGACUUUCGAGAACCUUGACGCUGGUGUACAAGACGAGUUUGAGAAAUACUUGGAUGAGAGGGGUAUCAAUGAGUCGAUGGCGUUGUUCAUCCCAGAUUAUGCUGAAUACAAGGAGCAGACGGAAUACGUUCGCUGGCUUGAGAGCAUCAAGAAGUUCGUCGAGGCUUAGGUACUCGGCUUGAGUCUCUCGCCUAUCAACUCAACGCCAUCGUCGAUAUAACUUCUUUGGUUUCAGCUCAAAAAUCUCACCCACAUGUUUAUUGCUCUAGUAGUUCUGCGUACAAUCUCUUGUAAUGACAUUUUUCGCUCUUACGACCAUCAUUCAUCCAAAUUCAAGUAUCGUUCUUACACACCGC